AUUGAAUCCGAAAUUAGAACAUCACUAAUCCGGUGUAGAGAAAAUUUUAGUUAGUUUUAUUAGCUUCCGGUUUUUCACGAUGUCGACUGCCAGAAAAGUCCUUGGCAAAGUUUCUGCUAUUGGCAGAGUAGGAAUCCGACACUGUUACACCAACUCACGACCUAACCUGCUGGUCAACAAAAAUACAAAAGUCAUAUGCCAAGGAUUUACAGGCAAACAGGGAACAUUUCACAGUCAGCAAGCUCUUGAAUAUGGCACUAAAAUGGUUGGAGGUGUGUCUCCAGGGAAAGGAGGACAGAAACAUCUUGGACUUCCUGUGUUCAACUCAGUUCAAGAGGCCAGAGAUCAGACCAAUGCUGAUGCCACUGCCAUCUAUGUCCCUCCACCAUUUGCUGCCGCAGCUAUCAUUGAAGCAAUUGAAGCAGAAGUGCCACUUAUUGUUUGUAUAACUGAGGGUAUCCCACAGCAGGACAUGGUUAAAGUUAAACAUAAACUCAUCCGUCAAUCAAAAUCUAGAUUAGUAGGUCCCAACUGUCCUGGUAUUAUCAAGCCUGGUGAGUGUAAGAUUGGUAUUAUGCCCGGACAUAUACACAAAAGAGGGAAAAUAGGCAUUGUUUCAAGGUCUGGUACCUUAACAUAUGAAGCUGUACACCAGACAACAAUGGCUGGACUAGGACAGUCACUCUGUGUUGGUAUUGGUGGAGAUCCAUUUAAUGGAACAAACUUUAUUGAUUGUUUAGAAGUUUUCUUAUCAGAUCCACAAACAGAAGGAAUAGUAUUGAUUGGAGAAAUUGGAGGAGGUGCAGAAGAAAAAGCAUCUGAAUAUCUCAGGAAUAAUAACUCUGGACCAAAUGCCAAACCAGUUAUAUCCUUUAUUGCUGGAGUAACAGCACCUCCAGGGCGUAGAAUGGGACAUGCAGGAGCUAUCAUUGCUGGGGGUAAAGGUGGAGCCGAGGAGAAGAUCGAGUCAUUGAGAGAAGCUGGGGUAGAUGUAACCAUGUCUCCAGCUCAACUAGGAACAACUAUGGCUAAGGCUAUGAAGGCAGCAGGAAAGUGAUGACUAGAUUCCUCAAGAUAUUUAUAGACAUUAAUCAAUAAUUUAGACAAAGAUUUUCAUGAUUGUUAUAUUUAUGAAUUAUGUGAUGAAUAAACAAUAAACCUUAUAUUUGGA